AGCGGUGGCUUAAUGAUAGGUCCUCUCGGCGCUAUCCAAAGGACAGUUCAUAGAGACCCUCUAAGAAGAAGCAAGUGGCAAGAAAUCUUCGAUGUUAUUUGUGCGUCGAACGACCUUCGAUGUAUGUCUCCGGAUCCCAACAGGUCAUUUGUCGACGUAAGAGUAGACCUUUUCAUGCUCGCCAUACACAUGGCUUAUGUGUUCCCAGUAUUUUACUCAAUCGUGGUGUCGUCAACGAGAAAUAUCGUGGAAUAUCUUCCAGUCUCAAGGAUUAUGGUUGCCAACCAUUCCGAUACCGUCUACGUCAUCUGCUGAUGAUAAUGCCUAUUCUGAUGUUGUUCUUCGGGAGUUGGAAAGCUCAAUACAAUCGAGACCUUCUGACUGGAUCACCACUAUCAGACUCGCCCUUCACUAUUUCAUGAGUCGCGACUUAGAUAUCAUGGAGAGCUUGCUGCGACGUUUUGUCCAAAGUGAUAUUGCCGAGCUCGGUGAAUAUGGGAGUCCUCUCCUCCACCUAGCCGUUCGAGUGGACGCUGUCGAUGUUAUACGUGCGCUGCUCGUCAAGGGAGCUGACGUUCAUGCCGCUGAUAUCAUAGAAGAUCAGACACCGUUACAUGCAGUUCGCUCUGCUGAAGCCGCACGAGCAUUAAUAGAGUUCGGAGCGAACGUAAACGCGCUGAAGCGCUCUACUCCUCUUCAUUUGUGUAUAUCAGCAGACAUAGCCGAAGCUUUGUUGCAAAACGGCGCUGAUGUCAACGCCCCUGACAAUUACUACCGUUCCCCGGCUCUACAUACUGCUCGAUCUCCCGGCAUCGUUCGGGUUCUCCUCAAGUACGGUGCAGAUCCGUUGAGUAAGGAUCGAUUCGGAGAUACAGCGCUGCACCGCGCCGUUUCUGACGAGGUGGCUCAGUGUCUGAUGGAGACCUGUCCUGAACUUGUCUACGUCAAAGGCGCUCUUGAUGGUACACCCCUUCAUCGUCGUGUGGCAGAUUGGUCUGCGGAGACCAUACGAAUGGUGAUUCGUCUGGGUGCAGAUGUAGAUGCACCCAAUUCGGAUGGAGACACUGCCCUCCUCAGGUCGCAUGAGUUCACCGGUUUCCUGUCCAACGUGGAGGGCGUGCGUGUCCUCAUCGAGGCAGGAGCCAAAGUGCCGUUACCCAAGGGUGACUUCCUUUCGGCGACGCCGUUGCACGAAACUGUUUCACCGCCUUUGAUGGAGUACCUCCUGGAACAUGGCUUUCGGCCGUAUGUUAACAUUCGACUGAAAACGAAUGAUCAGACUCCGUUACACGUUGUAGCCGCUCGCGACAUGGCGCUUCAUAAAUCAUGGUCGGUUCGCCUUGGUAACCAAGGUCGCAGGGGCGGAGAGCCAGCAUCUUCGUCUACGCAGUACGGUGGAAUAGCACAUCUCCUCGAGCAGUCCUCCUUGGUUCCAUCCGUGGACUUGAUGAAGGUUCUCCUUAAAUAUGGCGCCUCCCCAAACAUCGGUGAUGAUGAGGGAGACACACCCCUUCAUUUUGUGGCGCGAAAUUCUGUUGGCCACCUGGAGAAUCUCGACCUUCUACGUCUUCUGUUGGAAGCAGGCGCAGACAUCAGUGCUCGGAACUCUGCAGGCGAGACGCCUCUUCACUGUGCUGCUCGCACCGAGACCGUCCUCGAGUUUCUUCGUUUGGGGGCGGAUCCAACGCUCGCUGAUCACCAAGGUGUAACCAUCCUUCAUAACGCAUGGCGCUUCACUGGAGAUUGCGCGCGCAUAGUCAAAGCCCUUACUGAGCAUGGUGCAGAUGUUGAUGCUGCAGAUAAGCAAGGAUCCAGGCCAUUGCACUAUGCGUGUCGUGGCUAUGGGAAGAGUAGCCUAGGCCUGUCGCAGAUCCAGCGCUGGGCACAAAGUACGCGCUUUCACCAAGGGACCCCUCAUUUACAACCUACCAUCUUCGCUGCAUUCGAGAAUGCUCUCCCGACCGUCAGGGCUCUGUUGGAUUGUCGUGCUGAUAUCCAUGCUCAGAAUAAGGCUGGAGAGACGGCUGUGAGGGUGGCAUCGAGACAUCCCUUCGGACGGGAGGUGUUUAGGUUUUUGUGUGCGAGGGGAGCUGACAUAAGUGAGGUUCCGAGGCCCUGGUGGAAUUUUGACUGAGCAGUAAGGGAACUGCAUCGAGGGAAGUCUGGAUAUAUACAUGAGUUGACAGACUCUGACUGAUUCACCGUCCGACGUCAC